GCCGAACUUCCCAAAAAAUAUGUAUGAAAUGGUUACUGUUCGUUACUGUUUGAAACAACUUUCUAAGUGUGCUUUUGAAGAUGUCGUAUUUAAUGAAAUUGUGUUUAAUCCAGCAAUGAUUAAAUUAUUAUUUGAUGAAAACAAAAAGUUUUCUCUUAACAUUCAAAACCCAAUUCUUUAUGCUACAGGAUAUUCAUUUGAAAAUAUUUGGAAAUUUUCUUUAAAUUGUGUAGAAAUUUCUGAAUGUCUUCGAAUCUAUUUUGCUUCCAUUUCUACUGAACAUUUUGAUAUUAUUUCAAAUAUAUUAACGAAUGAGGGCAAAAAAUUACCUAAAGUUAAUUUUCGAUUUAAUAACCCAGGACAACAAUUUUAUCUACAACUAUGUGAUUUUAUUGUUCAAUAUAUAACAACAUCUAAAGAUUUUACAACAAUGGUGCCUUCUAUUACGUUCAUGUAUUCUGAUCCUAUAAAAUUAAAACUAAGUGACAGAGCAGAAAAUGUAGAAACUAAACGGCUUGGGAAUAAAACAAUUACAACAUAUGAAAUUGCCAAUAUUUACAAUCCAAAAAUUAGAUUUUUAUGUUGUAACCAAGAAUUGUUUACUGAAUCGGUAUUUAAAAUUAAAAUCAAAACAGAGAAGGAACAGGGAUGGAAAUAUUCGGAUUUUGUUGAUUCGUCAUACUACAAUUAUUUGGCAGAUUACCGCAGACUAGGACAUGGAUACUGA